CAAAAUUUGGCGCCCCAGUCAUUUAAACAGCUCACUAACACAGAGACAGAGGCGGGUGAGAAAUGAUCAAGAAGAUGACUACAAACGUCCAAGCUACGCGGCAGUUUUAACGGAAAACCUGGGUAACUGGGGCCGGUAGGUCAGUGAAUAAUCUGCUGGUUGAAGAGAUGCAGAGUCGUUCAAUAUACAGCGAAACCAGCUCUCUUCGGAUAUCUGUGACUGAAGCCUGGGCGGUUAGCUCUCUAGUGCUGGACCGCACCGUCAGUUUGUUAGCUAAAGAAUAUAGCUGAUAACAAGCAGCAGUUUGACCUCAGACAGACAAACAGAUAAAUAAACACACCUGCCUGUGAUCUAAGUCACCAUGAACAGGACCAAACUGAAGAAAACUAAGGUAACUCUCGGAGGGCAGCAGAAUAUCUCAUCCUUCUUCUCCCAAAACCACAAGGAUGACCCACUUUCAAAGAAGUUACCCAUCACUGGCAUUACUGCAUUUGCCAAGACUGAACCUCAGAUCAAAGAUGGUGAAACCGCUCCAUCUAGGAUCCAGUCCCCUUUAAAGAGGCGUAUCCUUGGGGACCUUGAGAACCUCCUGCCCUCCUCACCAGAUCUUCUCCUCUCUGUGCCAGAGACUCCCAGCAGUCAGAUCAGGCUCGCUCCCUCUACGCCCUCCAGAAAUGCAGGUUGUCUCAGCCCCCAGCCCAGUAGAGAGGUGGCGAGUCUGGCCAAGAUCAGCCAACUGUCCCCCAUCUGUCUCAGUCCCUGCUCCAAAGGGCUGAGUGUACAGAGAUUAAUGACCAAGAGGGAAGAAGGAGUUUUUGGCUCUGUGAAAAGGCUCUUUAGUCCGACUGAAGAGUCCCACAAUGCCAAGAGACCAAGAACCGGGAUCAGCCCCACAGGUAGCAACCUAAAGGUAACAAUGACGGAGAAGACACCUCUUUUCUCUAGUGACCAGUUAGAGGGUCAGUCUGAGAGGCCUGAGGGUCACAGCAAAGGUACUGAGGUGGUCUUUAAUGACAGUAGAAACACAACAAAGUCUGUGUCAUGCCGCUCCUUGGGGGGACACAGAAAACGUCAGGAGGAGAGAGAUGAAGAUGAGAAAGAUUCUGGUUUUACUGUGAUAACAGAGCAGAAAGCAGCUGAGGUGAAAACCAAUGGAAACCCACACACUCUUCUCAAUAAGGAUACUCACACACUUACUGCUCAUGUGCACAAACCUAGUGCACAAACUAUUGCACCUGAAGUGCAGAGAAGUGCAAAGGAGGGAAAGGGCGACCUAAACAAGGAAGAAGCUACAAGAACAGCAAUAACAUCGCAGAAAGGAGACAAAGACGAAGUGCCAUCGUCCCAUCAAGAGCAAGGUGGAGGAAUGACAUCAGCAUGUCCUGUGGAGGAGAGGUUGGAUGAGAGUUGGUUUGCAGAGCAUAUGGAUGACAGUGAGGAGGCUAAAUCCAAAAAGCCCCGGAAGGUACCAGACCAUAUGAUCCUUUCUGGAGGCAAGAACAACCGCUACUGGGUUUUGGAUGUGACAGAGAGGCCCGGUCACAAAACACUGACCAUCUCAUGCCACAAAUCCCUACAUCCAACUGAGACGUGUCUGCUGAAAGAUGGAUGGGAGAUGACGCCUGUUUGUUCUGGUGAUGUGGUGCAUCUGGAGGGCUUCUCUGAUGGCGGGUCCUGGUUGGUGGACAGGGAGCAGGGCUUCCUGGUUUUACUGCCUGACAGCCUGAUCUCAGGUACCAGCAUCUCAAGCUCCAUCCGCUGCAUGAGGCGCGCAGUACUGGGUGAUAUGUUUAAGAGUUUUGAUGGUGGCUCAAAGCAGAUGCUGAAUGGCACCAUGGUCCAUGAAGUCUUUCAGAGAGCAGCUAUGGCUAAAGAUUUUUCUUUGGAGACACUCUCUAAGCUGGCUGACCAGGCAAUGCACAGUCCUCAGUACCUGGGAGACAUGUACAGUUUGGGUGUAUGUCAGGAAGAGAUGAAGCAGGAACUGCAUGAUUAUCUGCCUUCACUGGAGCACUGGGCAAACGAAUACCUCAGCUCCCCAACACCAAGAGCCAUCAGCCUCAAAAGCCCUAGCAACAGCAGAGCUCCAAGCAGGCAUCAGGACUCUGGAACUGUUGUCACAGUUACCGAACUGGCAGAUAUAGAAGAGAAUGUGUGGUGCCCGAGAUUUGGCCUGAAAGGAAAAAUUGAUGUGACGGCACAUGUUCGAAUCCAAAGACCACAAAACGGCAGUCACAGAGCCCUGGAGGAGAGGACUGUGCCCCUGGAACUGAAAACUGGAAGAGAGUCAAACUCGAUAGAGCAUCGCAGUCAGGUGAUUCUGUACACUCUGAUGAGCAUGGAGAGAUACAAUCCUGAAGCCGGCCUCCUGCUUUACCUCAAGACUGGCAGCCUGCACCCUGUAGUGGCCAGCCACAUGGACCGCAGAGAGCUGCUGAAGCUGAGGAACACUCUGGUUCAUCACAUCCACAACUGUGUGGAGAAAGAAUCGGAGCGGAGCCGCUUGUCCAGACUUCCUGACAUCCUGACCAACAGACAGACCUGCCAGUACUGUCCUCAAAGGAGAAACUGUGCUUUAUAUGAGAGAGCGGUGGAUAGCAGCUCCGUAGACGUCAGCGAGGAUGUCGUGCGAGACUUCCUGCAGGAGGAGACGGGUCAUCUGACUCCACCACAUCUGAGCUAUUUUUCCCACUGGCUGCUGCUCUGCUGCCUUGAGGCUGCCACCAUGGAGGCCAAGAAUGGCCGAAAGCGUGUGUGGCUUCAGACUGUUAAGGAGAGUGAGAAGAACGGGAGCUGUGUGGGGAAUCUGCAGCUCAGUGUUCCAGUGACGAUCCAGUCUGAAGGAGUUUUCCUCCAUCGCUUCCACAGAAGUAGUGUGGCACCGCAGCACGGUUUGGCCAAUAACGGUCUGGGCAGUGGGGAUCGCAUUGUUGUUAGUGACCAGGAGGGUCGUCUUGUCGGCUUAGCAACAGGGUACCUAUGUGAGGUCAGCAGGACAUCAAUCAGCUGCACUCUGGACAGAGACUUGUCAAAGUUCAGUGGUGUGCUGUUUCGAUUGGAUGGUGAUGAAGGUGUGGUGGGCCUCAGUACUCAUCUGACCAAUCUCUCCAGACUGAUGGAAAACUGUCAGGACAGUGAUCGUCUGAGGGAGCUGGUUGUCGAUCUUCGUCCUCCAGAGUUUAUUUUCAACCUCAGUUCUGUUCUGCCCAGAGAGGCCAAGGACACUGUGGCCAACAUCCUCAAAGGUCUCAACAAACCCCAGAAGCAGGCCAUGAAGAAGGUGUUGUUAUCUAAAGACUACACGCUGAUUGUUGGCAUGCCUGGCACAGGCAAAACCACGACCAUCUGCACCCUGGUUCGCAUCCUACAUGCGUGUGGGUUCAGUGUGUUGCUGACCAGCUACACCCACUCUGCUGUUGACAACAUCCUGCUGAAGUUAAAGCGCUUCCGGGUUGGGUUUCUGCGUCUGGGGCAGGGGCAGAAGGUUCAUCCAGACAUCCUACCUUACACCGAGGAAAGUGCCAGGAAGAAGGGGGUUCACGCUCUCUCAGAGUUGGAGCAGCUUUAUAACAAGGAGCUGGUAGUGGGAACCACCUGUAUGGGCAUCAAGCAUCCCAUUUUCACACGUCGGCGGUUUGAUUUCUGCAUCGUAGACGAGGCGUCACAGAUCAGUCAGCCCAUCUGUCUGGGACCCCUGUUCUACGCCAAGAGAUUUGUCCUGGUCGGAGAUCACCAACAACUGCCGCCAAUAGUGCAAAACCAGGAGGCUAGGUCGCUUGGAAUGGAUGAAAGUCUGUUUAAAAGACUAGAGCUCCAUAGUGAAGCAGUGGUCCAACUCAAUGUACAGUACCGGAUGAACAGGCAGAUAAUGUCUCUCAGUAACUCCCUGAUGUAUGAGGGCCGGUUGGAGUGUGGAUCAGAGAGGACAGCCUCGGCCCUGCUCUCCCUGCCUUUCCUGCACUCCGUUCAGUCUGAGCUUAGUUGCUACUCUCAGACUCAUCCCCAGCACGACCUGGCAUGGAUACAGGCUGCAUUGUCGCCUAGCAACCCUGUUUGCUUCCUUGAUUGCUCAAUGGUGCCAGCACUGGAGCUGGUGGAGCAGGGAGGCGUAAGCAAUCACACCGAGGCUGCUCUCAUACACAAGCUGCUUUCACUGCUGAUAAAGGCAGGGUGUAAACCCAGUGAUAUAGGUGUUAUCGCUCCCUACAGACAGCAGUUAAAGAGUAUCUCUGCUCUGCUGCAGUCCUCUGCUUUCAUUGGUGUGGAAGUGAACACAGUGGACAGAUACCAAGGACGGGACAAAAGUCUAAUCGUGCUUUCUUUUGUCAGGAGCACUGUAGAGGAAGGAAACUUAGGAGAGCUGUUGAAGGACUGGCGUAGACUGAAUGUAGCCAUCACCAGGGCCAAACACAAGCUGCUGAUGGUGGGCUCUGCCACAACGCUACGCCGCUAUGCACCUGUGGAGAAACUGCUCAACCAUCUCCAGCAAGAGAACAUGAUUAUCCAGCUCCUGCCAGCUGCCCACAAGGCCUUACCCAGCAUGCACCUAUAACAGAAGGCUGUGAAGCCAUGAGGUUGUCUCAGAUCAACUGCCUGUCUCACAGUGGAGCAGACAGCAAUUAAGUAUCAGUCUGUAAAAGUGCUGCCUGAUCUGUCAGGUUGUCAUCAAACAAAAGAACUGUAAAUACUUGAAAUACUCGUGGGAGGUGUCAGUUAUCAACAAUUCAAAACCUGCUGUGCAACAAGCAUGUGGUGAUGUUUAACUGGAGAUGCACACUAAUUAACAGACUAGUAUAGAUACCUGAACAACAUGUAGGCUUUCAAGUGGAUUCUGCGUCUCAUCCAUACCACACCUGCUAAAUGUUUUUAUAAUAGAAUACGUUUACAUUAAAAGGCUUAUAUGUGGAGGCGGCUUUUCACAGUAUGAAAAGCUGUGUUGAUUUCACAUGCAUAUUUUAAAUGGAAUAUCUUUGUUAGUGUUAACACUGGUAUAAGUAACAAUAUCUAAAACAUUCAUGUUGACUUAAGUGGAAAUGCAUUAGAAACCUCAUAGGCUGAAUCACAGACUGAACCUCAAGAAGCUUUGUAGAAACCUUAAGGUUGUGGCUGCUAUUGUUAUUGUUGAUUUUAUUUUAAAUGGAACACACUUUGUAUUUCAGUUCUGAAAGUAUCUGUCAUCACACCUGCUGUGAAACACUGAGGAACAAGGACUGAGAUACUGACUACAACUAGUUUCACACAAAACUAACCUGCAGCUAAAACACAUUGAACUGACUCUGUGAUAGACGAUGGUAGGAAGCAUCAAACUAAGACUGGUCACUACUCAUAAAGUCAGAUAUUUUUGAUCAAAUACCUCUAUCAAUACACUGUGACUUUGGUACUUUCACUGGGUGAGUGAAUGUGGAGACCAAACAGCUAGAGUUAUCUAUAGUUAAUUUCACUCACCUACAACAGUCAGAUAAGCUCAUAAAUGUCUUAAGGAAUGAAAAACCUCAGACUAAAAGGUUACCUACAUUACAACAUUACAAUAACCAGUAUUACUUGCUGGCUUCAAUCAAUAUAUCAACUCUUUUCCAGCUUAAAAUCGUUAAAGAUGAGGUAACGGCUACAGUGCGUAAUUUCUAUUUAGAGGAGUGACUGGAGAUCAUCAGACUUCAUACGUACUUGAACUCUGUUAUAAUCUGUGAGUGAGCUGCACUGGCCCACAACUGCAAAAACAUGGAAACAACAGACUGAUCUAUAAAUGAUUUGAUCAUCUUUUUUUAAAAGUAAGUUUACGGCAUCAUAUGCAUAAGCGUUUGAGUCAUUUAUCUCAAUUUGUCUGAGUAAGGCAGAACUAAAGAGGUACUGAGCCUGAAUUAUUACAGAGGAUACUACAUGGUAUCAUAACAGUUAAAACUAGGCAUUUUUGUAGGAAAAAUCUGAAUUUAGGAAGAAUUAUAUUCUGUUCAAAACAUUUUGCUAAUGCAGUCUAAUACUAAUGAACUGUGAUGAUUUAACUCAUGAUUAAUUUUUGGACUCCUUAACUGUGAGCAGAGUGUUUCCUGAUCAUUGGGCUAACUGUGAUUUGUUUUACUUUAAACACAACUUCUGA